CCUUCAGUUAGUGAGCACUGGUGAUGUGAGUAGCGGGCCGCGACGUGGCUCACCUACAGAAGGCUCUUGAAAGCUUGGUGGUAACUCAAUGCCCCGGCCUCUCAUGAUCAGAAUUUGAGAAACUGCCUGAUAUUGGACAGGAUCGAUUGCGUCUAUACUGUGGAAACUUAGAGUAAAAUAUGACGCGAGGAGACAACUGUGAGAGUUAAAAGAAAAAAAAAAAACUUCAGACUAGUUUAAUUUCCUAAAGGAACUAUGCGCCUGUGCCGGGGAUCUAUUGCAUGCUCGCUAAAAGAUACAUUUCCUUCGAGAUGCACCGUGGCGGCGGAGGAGCCAACGCGAAUGUGGUGGUCACUCUGUUGUUCCUCCAUCUGUUAGGCUGCGUCCAAGGUCGAAAUUAUGGCCCCCACGUGCCCGACGACCCUUGCCACACCCAGGAGGACUGCGUGGCCAUGGGGUGGACGCAGCCGCUGCCGGAGUGUAAGGCCUCCGCGUGCACCUGUCCCCCCGGCACCUGCGCCAUCUACACCGUUUCCUCGGGGAGCUUUGACUACCAGUACUUCUGUGGGCCCUGCGGCAUGCUGGGCUCCGAGUGCAACAACCUCACUGACUGUGUGGUGGACUGGCAGUGUAGGAACGACUUUUGCGAGUGUGACCAGGGCGUCGUGUACCAGGGAGUGUGCCUGUACUACGAGGCGGUGCCCACCUCCGUCAGCAGCGUGGUCCUCGUCUGCGUCCUGAUGUUGCUGAUCGCCGUCCAGCAACUCGUCAGCUCGAGGAAAGCAAUACGGAAGCUGUGUCGCCGCUCGUCAGCCCAAAGCGAAGACGAAGUAUCGAGGGUCGUCGCCAGCAAUCCACAGAGCAACGAUAAGACCGCCGCCUUCACUAUUACCAACACUGACUUCAUGGCGACGAAUGAGGACCCAGACCUAGCGUGGGCCCUCGAGCUCUCCCGCCGGUACAACGAGACCGACGCCUCAACUUGGUCCUCCGCCGCCUCCUCCUUCCCGCCCCCCGACCCCCGCUUCGUCCGGUCCCGCUCCACCGCCCAGCCCGGCCCCUCAGGAUGGAGGCAAUCUUCAGACGACGCCAGAUCUCAGCGCCGCCCCUCCAGCAGGUCUUCGUUCUCCUCCACCUCGUCCUCACGCCACGCCCGCCACUCCUCCGGCACUGUCUCGUCCUGCGGUUCCUCGUUCCCCUCGGCGUCACACUUCAAUACGUGUUCCUCCUUCAGCAGCUCGCCUCGUCUCUCCUCUCUCGCCUCUAGUGAUGAGUCGUCUCUUCCUACACUGGAGUCGCUGAGAAUGGAGUGCGGUGUAAGCGAUUUCCAGUCCACCAGAGUGUGACAGCUCGAAAGAGAGUAAAAUUAACCAUGAUCAGGUUUCGUUUCCUCUCGAUAUUAGUGAUGAAUUGCAUCCCUCUUCCUAUUCGAGUGUCUCAGAAGUUCAGUUCUUUGCCACAUUUUACGAUAAAGGAGGCAGAACAAAGCCAAAACAAAAGUAUAUAAGAAUGUCCGUUAUAUGCUGCUCCAUAUAAAAGAGGAAAAAAUUUAAAACAAUGAUCAAAAGUCAUCUUCAGGGUGUCUUGAUACUCCCAUCUUGAAAGAAAGUCGUAAGAUAGAAGAAUGCAGAAGGAAGGCCUAGGUGAGAGGGAUGAGUCAUGCUUUAUUUAUUUUUGAAAAUCCUAAAUAACUUGGACUAUGUGAACCUACUGACCAGACUUGCCGGAAUUCACCUCCUUGGGCUUCUAUACGUUUCAGAGACCAAGUAAUAUUGUUAUUUUAUGGAGUAGGUCACUUCAAGCUUCCAGGCGACAAAUGGCAAGCUUUCUGUGACAAUCGAUGUAAUUAGAACCCCGAGCACUAAGAGACUGCGGUAUACCGGCAACUAAAGGUUUCCAAUAUUGACGCAGUUCUCAGGUUGAAGGAGUCAAAUAAAUGUGUUACUUGGAAUUUUUUUUGACUUGUGGAAAGAGAAAAAUGACAAGUUUGCUCGAUUGUUACAAUAGUGAAGACGUAUAGAUGUUGAGAUGUAUAAGUCGCUUGGCCUUCUUUGCUGUAAAAAAAAAAAAAAGAUCCUUACGUGUUAUAUAUAUUCAUAGUGAUGGCUGUAAGCAAAGCCCACGUAGGAUCUAUAUGAGCUUUGGUUGGAGGGCUUGGUAGGUUAUCGUUGGGUGGGUAGAGUUUACUGCUCAGCUGGUUAUCGGUUAUGUGAUGUGGGGAAAGGCAUCGAAGAGCAAAUCAACUUUACCUGAAUAAUGGUGUGGUGAAAGUGAGUGUUAAGCGAAACUACCUGAUAAGCUGAGUAACUUUUCGAUGAUUUUUUUAAUGUAUUUAUUUAACUUGAUUACUUAAUUUAAUUGUAGUGUUUAUUCAAUUUUAAAGAUAGUAAUGUUUUAAUUAUCUUUUGAACAGAGGCUAGUCGGUUAUCUCAUAAGGUAAUAAACAAUCUUGUCUGAAAUA